AGCCGUUGUCUGUGCGUUGGUGGAGAUAUUAAUGUGGAUAUGAUAAUGCCUCUAUGAUAAUCCGAGUCGUAGAAUUGGCUGUCUCGGAGAGACCUCCCACGCUAGCUGUGACACAGAUUCUGUGAUUUGCACAUCUGCAAGUGUUGGGGUGACGGGACUGUGACAGUUUCAAAAGUUAUACGGACAUAGCUCGAUGAUUUCGUACUAUACACCGAAAUAGGACCAUGAGAGACAUUCAGAUAUGUUUCAGAAACUGAUAAUUUGUAUGUUGGAUAUUGUGCCGAUUUGCAUUUUAUCAUCUUAGCGUAAAUAUAUGAAGAAGUAAACCAUCUGGCAAUUGGAAUUUCACACAAGGCUGUUAAUUUGUUAUGAAAGAUUAAUACAUACCUAUAGUUUCAGUGGAUUGAUUUUUUUGUUUUCAGUGUAUGUAAAUAAUAGAGAAUGAUUCAUCCACAUUGAUGUAUUAGUCAUUAAGGUGUUAUUGACCAGUGUUACAAACAUUUACUGUGAUAUAUCAGUAUUAUAAACAUAAAACAUUUCUGUGAUAGUUGGAAGGAAUAUAUUGUAUUGAAUAAAAAUGGCACAAAAUGGUGAAGGAAAUAUGGAGUCGGAGGGAGGACCGAGAAAUGUUGAGAGCAAACGUUUGCAGCAGACGCAAGCACAGGUGGAUGAGGUUGUGGAUAUUAUGCGGGUAAAUGUUGACAAGGUUCUAGAAAGAGAUCAGAAAAUAUCUGAACUGGACGACAGAGCAGACGCACUGCAAGCUGGUGCAUCACAAUUUGAGGCAAGUGCUGGAAAACUGAAACGAAAGUUUUGGUGGAAAAAUUGCAAGAUGAUGUUAAUUAUGGGAGGAAUUGUUGGAGUUAUAGUUGUUAUAAUUAUAGCCUGGGUAGCAUCUAAAUACAGCUAGGUAUGGGUAGUGUCCAGCCAGAGUGGGGGGGAUGAUUCCAAGCCAGCAUCCAAAGAUACAACUACAGUAAAGAGUACCCGUUGAGUUAUUUUUAGCAAUAUAGGUCAAAGUUCACCGCCGGAACCAGAAUUCCAAUUAGAAUCUUACGUUAAAAAGUUUUUUCAAUUUUCCUCCACUGUUUUCACUCUUGGUGAUGAAUGGCUAUAUAGAUGAUAAAAGUGUAGUUAAAUUCAUUUUAAAGUUGAUCAUUUCUUGACAUUGAUUGUUAUGGUAAGACUGGAAUCUCAGAAUAAGACUUGUUUCUUCUAGAUAUUAUUUUAUUGUGAUAAUUGUUUGAAAUCUGGAACAAAUAUUUUUUUUCAUGAAAUUUUGUUUCUUAUUUGUUGGAUAUCUCAAAGAAAAUAAUGUUGUUGAAUUUAAGUUUUGCAUAAUCAAUGUUACGUUUCUUUUUCUUUUUAUAGAGGAAAAAAAUAACAACAUAAUUUGGGUUCUUUUAUAUAUUUUUUUUGAUAUUGUUAUUUAGGAGAUUCGUUCAGUACAAGUAUAAAGGAAGGGUUUAUUGUUUCUUUUGUUAAAGAUAAAAUACUGAUAAACAUGACUAAUAGUUUAUCUUAAUGUUGUUCGUUAUAGAUCGAGUAUAAUCAGUAUAUAUUAAAAUAUUAUACAAUGUACCAAAAGUAGGGGAGACACGGUAUAUCUUCCCCUCCCCCCAUCCCGCCCCCCACCAUCCCAUGUUGUUUUUUCACAGAAAUUCAUGUUUUCAAUCGUUUCAUUACCGCCAUUUAUAUCCAUGUUCAUUUUUACGAGGUUUUGAAGUUAUGCGGUGAAAAUGUCAGCAUAAAUGAGUUACUUCAUCCAACACAUUUUAUUUUUAGUAACAGUUUCGUUUCAUUAUAAUGUAAUGUAUGUAUGUGAGAAUUUAUUAAUAUUUUGUUAUUUAAUGAUUUUUCAUAUUUAGAGAGAGAGAGAAAAAAAAACAAACAUAAUAUGUUUCAUGCGUGGCUAGCUGCUUCUUUUGUUGUUAUAUCGUGUUGAUCAACAUGUGUUUGGUUAUUUGUAACUUUCACCAUCCCAAACGCGAAAUUUCCAGUACAUUCCAAGAUUAGAAAAUUCUUCCGCAGCAAGUAUUUGAAGAGAUACCAUGAGUAGUUUGCCACUUUUUUCAAAUCGAAAGAUAUUAUAAAGUGCUGCCUGACAGUGAUCAUGUUCAAGAAAAAUCAAAUUUUAGAAAAAAAUUAAACGCCCUUUACUUUUUGCAAUAAUUUUCAAAACAAACAUGACAGUUUGAUUUUUGAACAUCUAAACAGAAUGAUAAUUGUUAUUGAACUACCGCCUCCGUGGUCCAGUGGUUAGAGUGGAUGACUUCUAAACCAGUUACCUCUCUGGCGUGGGUUCGAUCCCCGGGAGAUGCUUUGGUAGUUUAGUGCGGAGGAAGGUAGUCUAGUACUGGUGUAACUCUCCAGGAACGAAGGUUAGGAAACUACCCGCCUAUAUGACUGAAAUACUGUUGGAAAAAGGCGUAAAAUGACACAAACAAACAAACAAAGUUAUUGAACUACUUAGAAUGUUAUUUAAAGCGACAGCUGUCCAUUUUAGUUAAAUAACAAGAUACAAGUAUAUGUUAUACUUUGAGCAUUCCAUGUGUGAAGUUGGUCAUAGUAUAGUAUCUUAUCAUGUGAUUUGUGUUAAAGCAGCAUGCCUCCAGAUUCAUAAUAACUUUCAUCAAUAUUUUUACAAUGUAUUAAAAAAAAUAAUCGUCAAGUGAAGAAAAAAGUAUUUUACACAUUGCAAACAGCAAAUCUACGAAAAUUGCAUAAAAUAGGUCAGAAAAUGCAAAAAUAGUCCUUACUGAAUUAGUCACAAAGUAGUAAUAUGGUGAUAUAUACUGCAAAGUCAGUCAUUAAUUCUAUUUAACAUACAAAUUAUUUCUUGAAUUGUGAUAAUUUUUACUUUUCUUAAAAUUUUAGUACAGUUUUCUCAAGGUUGAUUUUCUUCAAAUAUCUUGGCUCAUCUGGAGGCAUGCAGCUUUAAGUUCUGGAAAUUGUAGUUGGUAAAUGAAUGUGUAAGGAAGCUGCAAGCUUUGUUUUCUUUAUAAAAAUUUGUUACAUAAUUUACCGGUAUUUGAACAUUGUAACAUGAUAUUACAGACUUCAACAUGUUGCAUUGAAUACUAUUGUGUGACAAAUGAAAUUCUUUAUAUGAAUGGUUACAUGAUUUUCCAAAUACAGUUUGUUACAUGAAGCAGUUUGUUAUAUGAUUUUGCAAAUUGUGACAUGAUGUAUUUGAGAGUCUUUAUCUCAUUGUGACAUGAUGCACGCUGAGUGAGACAUUUUGUGACAUGAUAUGACAUUGUAUUAGAAGAAGAUUUAGAAUAUAAAUUGUUAAUUAAGUUUACUUUAAAAAUGAAUGUAAAAGAGUGAAUCAGGACUGUAAGCAUCAAAGUUUGCUUCUAUUAAAGGUUUAACAGUAAAACUGACACAUGUUUAUCAACUUUAGAGAUCAAUAUAUCACAACGCUCUUGUGGUAUCAGAAAUUUGUUUAGAAAAAUAUGUUGAAUUAUUGUUAUUGUUGCAGCAGCAUCUUGCAUUUGGGUUGUGUUUUUUGUUGUAAACUUUUUUCUCAAAGGGAAAUGCUACAAAUUUGAGGAGAGGAAACUGAUUAUUUACAUAUCGAUUUUUUUGUAGUGUGUAUUUAAAAGCUUGGAAUUAUAAAGACUCAUUUAAUCAUCAUAAGCUUCUAAAAACCCAGCAUAUUUUCCAUCCAUUAGGUUUUAAAUGACCAUGAUGUCUUGUACACAUUUUAUAAAGCUUCUACAUGACCAUGAUUGUCAUUAACUUUCAGUAAGCUUCUGUAAGAUCAUGGUGUCUUAAUGUAUAGGAAGCGUCUAUAUGACCAUGAUGUCUUAGUAAUGUUGAGCAAGCUUCUGUACUACCAUGAUUCAGGUCAUGUCUCUACUAUAUGAACAGGAAGUGACUGUACUGUUCAGAUUAAGUUGACCAGUUAGGGAAUAAAUUUUAGAAUUUCUUUAAAUCCCUACAGAAAUGGAAUAGGAAGAAAUGGUAUACCUGAUUAAUAAAUGUUAUAUUCCAGCUUUAGGCAUGCACAUUUGGAUAGAUGUUUUCACUUUAUUAUAUCCCUGUACAUAUUUUGCUAUAUAAACUUUAUGACAUACUUAAUUAGGAGCCAAAAAAAGAAGAUAUCUUAUGAUCUUGAAUGACAUUGCAAGUGACAGUUACAUACAUAGUAAAAAUGUGCAUAGGUAUAUAAUAAAUGUGUCAUUAUUGAAGUAAGUUGAUUUAUUGUAUAGUCUUGCAAUUUUUCUUUAACAACUCACAACUAAUGCAAUUCACAGUCCUGUGCGAUACUGAACUUGCAAAAGUUGAGAUAGACAAAUACAAACUUGUAUAGUAACUUAAUUUUAUAUUACCAGUUUAAUAGAAUAUUUUUUUCCCAUGAUACAGUGCAAUAAGGAAUUAAGUGAGCUUUAAGAAUUUAAUAAGACAUCAAUGUUUUAUUAAUUAAAUAAAUGUGCUUUUACAAUAAUACCUGAAAACUGAGUUAUUAAACUUGACUGAAAAGUUUUUGGCAAUAAUUUUUUUUUUUGCCAGUAACUUAAUCUUGUUA